AUGGCCGCGAGGGGCGGCGCGUCCUCGUCGUCGGCUGCGCCUUCUUCACACAGCAUCGCCUCCGCUCUGCUCCACCCCGGCCUCGGGUCCCUUCGCCUCCGUGCGCACGCAUGCUGCUGUGCCCAGGCGACCUCGCCAGCGCCGACGUCCGUCGCCGCGGCUCCGCCCGCGCCCGGUGUUCCUGCCACUGGACGACGCCUGUGGGCUGGCCGCUCCCCUACGACAUCACUGGUGCGCCUCGCCCUCGCGGCCGCUAGAACCAGCUGCGUCGGCUACGCCGGCCGCCUUCCGCCCGAGCUGGCUCCGCGUCUGGCACCGUCUCGGCCCUCGACCGUCUGGGUGAGGGGCCGGCCUUGUCCCCGAAGCUCCCGCCGGGUCGCCUCCGACUGCCGCCUGUGUCGGCUCGACUCCGCCUGCGCGCCGGCUCCGCGUCCGCCCGGCCUCGUCCCGCUCCCGGCGCUUGGGCCGACUCCCCGACGCUGGCCCGCCCUGCGCCGGUUCCUCCCCGUGCCGGCUUCCCCGCGCGCCGCCUCGAGCGAGAGGCCGUCCGCCUCGCCUGCUCGCCCGUCGCCCCGGCCGACUACGGCGCCGGCACCAGACGGCCUCGCCGGCUCGCCCACCGCCCCGGCCGACUACGGCCCCGGCGCCAGACGGCCCCGCCGGCUCGCCCGCCGCCCCGGCCGACUACGGCCCCGGCGCCAGACGGCCCAGCCGGCUCGCCCGCCGCCCCGGCCGACUACGGCCCCGGCGCCAGAUGGCCCCGCCGGCUCGCCCGCCGCCCCGGCCGACUACGGCCCCGACGCCAGACGGCCCCGCCGGCUCGCCCGCCGCCCCGGCCGACUCCGACCCGCCUCCGCCUCCCCCGCGCGCGCCGGGCCGGCUCGCCGCUCGCCGGCCCCGCCAGCUCGGCCACGGGCCUCCUCCGCUCCGCGCCGACUCGCGGCUCCGCCUACACCCAUGCCCGUCGCCUGCCCGACCUCCUGCUCCAAGGCCGGCUCCCCCCUUCCCCGCAUCCGGCCGGCUGCUCAGCCGGCUCGAGCGCGGUGGCCGGCUGCGCUCCUCCUCCACUACCGUGCCGGCUGCCCACGCGGGGACAAGAAAUAG